AUGUCUCAACAAAGAGAUCCCUACGGUAUUCCCAUCAACCCGCACCGAUCCUACGAGCAGUACGGCGCCAACGCUAUGAACGAAGGCGGAGGUUUUCUCGAGACGCGCGGCCAGGGCUACGCCGAGAACAUGACCACGGAAGGUGCCCCCCGCCAGCAGCAGCAAAGGAAGACGGAGAACAUCGCCGACCAGCGCUCAGACACCCAGAGAUACGGCUCUGACAGCCGCGACGACGACAUGUACGGCAUCGGGCUCGGCGGCGGCGACCGGCACCAUAUCCCCGGUGAUCUUGAGACGAGCCCGACCGAUAAGUCGUCACGUCGCCAGGAUGAGGAUCUGUACGACCGAGACACUGGUCUCCAGCAGCAGCAGCAAGGGCGCCAGCAGGGCUUCCAGCAGCAGUCAACCGAACAGAACCAAAAGGGGGACAGCAUGCUCGGCAAGAUGAUGGAAAAGACCGGUGGGGUUCUCGGAAGCAAGCGCCUGGAAGAGCAAGGCCGUGAGAAACGAAACGACCCAAGGAACUAUGACUGA